AUGGCAUCAAAAGAAGUUGGACAUGGCAUAAUUUAUGUUGAUGUUCCUUCUGAUAUUAAAGAUUUUGGAACGGCAUUUGGGGAAGCACUAAAUUUUGCAUUUGAGGAGGAUAUAACUCUUACAAGACAACUGAUACGAAAAAUUGGUGGUGGUACUACUAAUGAAGAAUCUAAUAUUCCUAAGUGGAAGAGAGCUUUGAGUGCUUUUAAACGUAUUGCUAAAGUGUAUAAAGCCAAACAUAACAAACCUCCAGUAAUUAUUUAUGAUAAUGUUAACAGAUUGGCUCGUAUGGAUCCAGAUAUCCUUUACGUUCUACAAGAUGAUGCAAAGGAUAAUGCAGAUAAUAGGAGUUAUAUUGCUGUGUUUGUUUCUAGUGAAGGAGUUGUGCCAAAAAUAAUGAUGU